ACAAAAACUACAUACUACUUUUUUGUGCCUUUCAUUUCAUUUUCUCUCUUUGCUGUCUUUGAAUUUAAGCAUUUUUUUUAAAAGAAAACGUUUAAGUUUUUAAGUCAUGCAGAACCCCUCAGCUCCAAUUUAUGGCAAAAAACCGACGACCGGCAUCCCCGUGCCGGGCCAGUUACAAGCUAAUCAUCCCGGAACUUGGUCCACUGGACUUUUUGACUGUUGCUAUGAUGUCCCAAACUGUUUCAUAACUUGGUUUUGUCCAUGUAUUACAUUUGGACGGAUUGCAGAGAUCGUGGACCAAGGAACUCCUUCUUGCUGUGCAAGUGGAGCUCUGUAUUUUUUGAUACAAGCAUUUACUGGAUGUGGAUUCAUCUAUUCAAGCUUUUAUCGUACAAAGAUUAGGAAACAAUACAAUUUGUCAGAAAGCGCUUCUGGGGAUUGUUUGCUUCAUCUCUGCUGUGGAAGUUGUGCUUUGUGCCAAGAGUACCGUGAGCUUAAACACCGUGGAUUUGACAUGUCUAUUGGUUGGAAGGGAAAUAUGGAGAAGAACCAAAACAAAGGGAUAGCAAUGGCUCCAGAAGUUCAAGGAGGAAUGACUCGUUAAAUGGACAAAAUGUUGACUUGUUCAGUGUGAUAUAUGUAUUGCUCUUUCUUUAAAAAAAAAAAAAAUUGAGAUAUGUAAAUAUUGCUCUUGUCCUCGCAAGAUGUUAUAUUGGUUGUUGAUUGCUUAUGAUAAAAAAAGUGUAUUACUUCUUUACUAUCCUUCACCUUCUAUGAUAAUUGUAAGAUGUGUACUUGUUACCUAGUAUUGGGUGGGUUUGGUGUUGGGUCAAAAAAAUUGAAUUUUUGGGGCCCGUAAUUCAAGUCAUCUUUCUCGGGAGGAUUUCCUGACAUUUGUUUUUGCACGGACUGUCCUUCUUUUGGGGUGGUCUUUAAUUUUGAGUAAAGUACCUAUAUAUACAUAUUAAGGAGAAAUAUUUACAAAUCAUAUAAUAGUUUUCUAUUUAUAAAACAUAACAUUACAAACUCUAUAACAAACAUA